UCUCUGUGGAGAUGGGUUUCCGUAGCAAGUUCCACGUUUUCUGUAUUUGGAAUAGCAGUAUCUUCAUGGGACCGCACAUUCACACUUGGUUAUUUGACAGACUUUAAAAGAUUCACAUUUAAGUAGCUAACAUCUGGUCUACAGAAGCAGUGAUGCCUGAUGUGGUAAUUCAAAUCAAACCUCAUACAAAGUUCUCAAAUUGCUGCAAUUGUUCCAAGAGCUGUUACCAUGUGACCACCUCUGUGCUACAGUACUUUAUCUUGAAGUUGAAUAUAUGAACAAGAAUGAUUUGUAUAAUUUUAGUAGGUCUAACAUUGAUUUGCUAGGGGGAAAAAAUUGCAGACCCAUUUUUACUGCACUAAGCCCCGCCCACUUGCUACCACGCUCCAUUCUAUUAGCUCGUUCUAUUCAAAGAAGACUGUGACGUCUGGGUUCCGUCAUGAACAUUGAGCGCUGAAGCGGCCUGCAGUCAAUGAGACUCGGAUGUACAUGUGAAUGGACGCUACAAUUAUUACAUCUAAUAGCUCGAUGUUACAGUCUUCGCGAGGUCUAUGUUUCCGUCGGCAUCGAUGUUUUCAAUUCUAAUCUUGCUCUCGUUCCUGGCUGUUUCGGCUGAUGCGGAUUUCUUUCAGUUCGACAGCAUUUCAAAUGUUUCUACCUAUUAUUUCAAUUACAUCUAUUGCAAUAUUUGGGAAGGAGACUGUCAGCCACACCAGGAUGAUGCUAACCAACAAGGCUUAUGUAACAUGCUUCUCUUCUCAGUGCCUACUGGGGACAUUUGGCCAGGGUUUCCCCAGUAUUACACUGGCAUGCUGACUGCUUGGUACUGCAGCCUGGGUCAGUGCUGUGAUUCAGGAGACUGUAGGAUUACAAAUAAUAUCACAGGAUUGGAAAGAGAUCUACAGAUGAAGCUCCAUGGGCAGCACCUGGCCCAGUCUGUGGUUCUGAAAGCCAUUCAAGGUUUCAUCAAAAACCCUGAGUCCAACAAACCACUGACUCUGUCUUUUCAUGGCUGGUCUGGAACAGGCAAGAACUUUGUGGCCCGGAUAGUAGCGGACAACCUCUACAGGGAUGGUAUAAAGAGUGAAUGUGUGCGUUUGUUCAUUGCCCCUUUCCACUUCGCUCACGAAAGAUUGGUGGAUGUGUACAAGGGCCAGCUAAGAGAAGCCAUUCGAGACAUGGUUCUGAGAUGCCCACAGACUCUCUUUAUCUUUGAUGAGGCAGAAAAGCUUCAUCCCGGACUCAUCGACGCCAUAAAGCCCUAUAUGGACCACUAUGAUAAUGUGGAUGGGGUCAGCUAUAGGAGAGCCAUAUUUCUGUUCUUAAGCAAUAUCGGUGGGGGUGCCAUCAAUGAGGUGGCACUGGAUUUCUGGCACUCGGGACAGAACAGGGAAGAUAUCGGCAUGGAAGACUUAGAACAUCUUCUGCGUGCUGAAGCCAUGGAGGCAGAAGGAGGUUUCGCUCAGAGUGAGCUCAUGUCAGGCCAUCUGAUUGACUUCUUUGUGCCAUUCUUGCCGCUGGAGUACCGGCAUGUGAAACUGUGUGCACGUGAUGCAUACGCAGCUCGUGGCCUUCAGCCGGAGGAGGGGACACUGGAUGAGGUGGCUAAAGCCAUGCUGUACGUUCCUAAAGAGGAGAAACUCUUCUCUGCACAGGGCUGCAAAUCCAUUCCUCAAAGGAUCAAUUUCUUCCUACCAUAACGGAGCAUAACAUAAGAUCAGCAACAUUAAAGAAACCCAGAGUAUACUUGAAUGAUGCAGAAAUGACUGCUGAUAUCUGACAUGCACAUACAAACAAUGCAGAAAAAACUUCAUAUACCGAGUUGCAACUCUAUAUCUUACACUCUGAGAGUCAGGAAGGGACAGGGAGAGGGGGUUUGCUUGUGACAAACCCUACUGAAAUUAUAUUUUUAAGAACUUUUUAUCUACAUCUAUCUGCUUCUCCCAAGCAAUGUUACAGUUUAAAAAAUGCACUUACAAAGCAAACCUCUUAAGCAAGCAAAACCAGUGUUUCAUUAUUUUUUUUUUUACAUUUACAGAGUUAAAGGGAAUUGCUGUUCACAACCAUUUUUUUUUUACACUCAUAAUAUGUAUUUCUGAGCAAAACAGGAUGUUCGUUAGAAUAUUGUCAAAUGAGUUUGUUCUUACAAACUAAAAAUCAAUUUUAAAUGAUUUUCGACCAUAUGCCACUAAGCAGAUCCAUUUUCUUUAACCUUGGGUAUAUAUUUUAGUUGCUGUUUAAGAACUUUGCAUAUUUUGGACAAUUCAAUCAAAGUCUGAAUUGAAGAUCAUAUUUCAAGACUUACGUAACAAUAAAAAAAUAUAUAUUGUAUUUAAUAUAUUUAUUGUAUACUUUUUGUGUCUUGUAUAUUUAAAGGUUACAAUCUCUUUAAAUGUUACAAAACUACCGUAGUUAAUGUUGUAUGUGGUUUUUGUUAAUUGAUAUUUCAAUUGUGAACACAUUCUGAUAUAACAAUAUGAAAAUGAUUCGUUGUAGGGAAAGAAGCUGCUAUUGAAAAGGUAGCUAUGUGCUCUCGAAAAGGUAGAUUAUGAAGUUAGAAAAAAAGCUAGUGUUAAGCUUGACAAACGUGAUACUGAAGGAAUUGAGACUUGAUGUAAUGCACUUUUUUCACGUAGGCCAGUAUGCAUUUUAUCAAUUUAUCAGAUCUGAUUUGAUUCACUGUAUUCAGUUGUCAGGUAACAUUCAUCUUUGACUAAUUCCUUGCUAAUAGUAGCAUAAGCUUUAUGAUUUAUGCUUGUCAGCUCUGAUAAUGUUUACUGAAAGAACUAAACUGAAGUUGUGCUUGAACGUCACUAAAGGUCAGUGUUUGAUGGAUGAACCAUUUUAUGCCACCAGCUAAAAUUCUAAACUUUUGUAAGGGCCUUGUCUACAAAUAAAAAUCAGCCAAAGUGAUGC